UCUCUCCCCGCCCCUCUCCCCCUCUUUCCAUCUGGCACGUUUCUUCAGGUCGCGCUUAGGAUCUGUAGUUAUUAGGAGUCGCAGUGCUGUUAAUAAACAGGAUAAACGCUCUUUACAGCAGCUAUGUCGAGUCUUCAGCGAUCUGAGCCUUAUUCAUAACUUUUUGCCACUGUGUUAAAAUAAUUUUUUCUUUUAAUUUAAAAAAAAAAGUCUCCAGGGCACCGAGCAAAACAGAAAAGGAUCGAUAAGCUUUUCAGAAGAUCUAGCUAUGGAGCAGUCUCAGUGGUGGAGACACAUAGUCUUCCUCUUUCUUGGUGCUUGGGUUCCAUCAUGCUUUGCUCAGACAGCGUCCACUGUGCGCCCAAGUCCCACCCCAACAGUCAAGUCACCUGAGCAUCUGAAGUUUCGACUGGCUGGUCAUCCGCGAAAGCACAAUGAGGGCCGAAUUGAGGUUUUCUAUAAGGGCGAAUGGGGAACCAUCUGUGAUGACGACUUCUCACUGGCCAAUGCUCAUGUGCUGUGUCGCCAGCUUGGGUUUGUCUCUGCUACAGGCUGGUCCCACAGCGCCAAGUACGGAAAGGGCACAGGUAAGAUCUGGUUAGAUAACAUGCAGUGCAGUGGCAGUGAGAGGAGUAUAUCAGUGUGUAAGUCACGUGGAUGGGGCAACAGUGACUGUACUCAUGAUGAAGAUGCUGGGGUGAUCUGUAAGGAUGAGAGGUUGCCAGGAUUUGUUGACUCCAACAUCAUAGAGGUGCAGGUGGAUGAAAGGAAUGUGGAGGAGGUGCGUCUCCGGCCAGUGGUAUCCAGCAAGCGGCUGCCAGUGAUAGAGGGAGUGGUGGAAGUGAGGUAUAAAGACAACUGGGCCCAAAUCUGUGAUAACGGCUGGACACCUAAAAACUCAAAGGUUGUCUGUGGCAUGAUGGGUUUCCCCCAUGAGAGGAAGGUCAACAAGAACUUCUACAAGCAUCUCAGAAAGAGAUCCACUGAGCCAAAAGUCAAAAUUAGAGUAAAAGCAGACAGGCAAGAAGCCAAAGCUAAAGCUAUCACUAAAGCUAGCUCUAAGUCUAAACCUGGCAACUCGGCCACAGCCAAAAGACUGUAUGCAGAGCGGCAGAAGAAUUACUUCUUGGUUCACUCUGUGGCAUGUUUAGGCACGGAGAUUCACCUAGCUGCCUGUCCUCUGGAGUUCACCCAGGCCAAUGCCACUGAAAGCUGCCCAGGUGGCAUGCCUGCUGUCGUCAGCUGUGUGCCUGGACCGGAGUAUGCCCAAAACCGUGCCAUGAAGAAAAAACUCAAAUCCUCGAGCACAGUGCGUCUGAAAGGAGGAGCAAAGCCAGGAGAGGGCCGUGUGGAGGUGCUGAAGGGCAAUGAAUGGGGGACAGUGUGUGAUGAUCGCUGGAACUUGCAGUCUGCCAGCGUCGUGUGCAGAGAACUGGGUUAUGGCUCCGCUAAAGAGGCCCUUACUGGAGCUCGCAUGGGACAAGGCAUAGGUCCAAUCUACAUGAAUGAGGUCCAGUGCACAGGUCAUGAGCGUUCUCUAUGGAACUGCCGCUAUAAGAACAUUACUGCUGAAGACUGCAAGCACACAGAGGAUGCUGCAGUCCGAUGUAACGUGCCAUACAUGGGCUUCGAGAAAACGGUGCGUAUCACAGGCGGUCGUACAAUCUAUGAGGGCCGUGUGGAAGUGUUGCGCACCAGCACUAAUGGAACGCAACACUGGGGUCUGAUCUGUGGAGAAGGCUGGGGUACCAAAGAGGCCAUGGUGGUGUGCAGACAGCUGGGCCUUGGAUACUCCAACCACGGCCUGAAAGUACGGCUGGUGGGUGGGCGGUCGGAGUAUGAGGGGAGAGUGGAGGUUUGGGUGGGUCAGCGCUGGGGCAGUGUGUGCAGUGAGGGCUGGACCACAAAAGAGGCCAUGGUGGCUUGCAGACAGCUAGGGCUGGGUUUCAGCAUGCAUGCUAUUACUGAAACGUGGUACUGGGACGGCAGUAACGUGACUAACAUGGUGAUGAGCGGUGUGAAGUGUACGGGAGACGAACUGGCCCUCAGCCAGUGCCAGCAACACAAAACUCUCACCUGUCAGAAAACAGCCGCACGGUUCGCCGCAGGAGUUAUCUGUUCAGAGACUGCGUCUGAUCUGGUUCUGAAUGCAUCUCUGGUGCAGCAGACGGCAUAUAUUGAGGACCGUCCACUACACAUGCUGUACUGUGCUGCAGAGGAAGACUGUCUGUCUAAAAGUGCUGCGAAAGUUAACUGGCCCUACGGCCACCGCCGCCUGCUUCGUUUCUCCUCGCAGAUCCACAACAUUGGCCGUGCUGAUUUCAGGCCUAAAGCUGGACGCCACUCCUGGGUCUGGCAUGCAUGCCACGGGCAUUAUCACAGUAUGGAUAUCUUCACACACUAUGACUUGCUGAGUGUCAAUGGCACCAAGGUGGCAGAGGGACACAAAGCUAGCUUCUGUCUAGAAGACAGUGACUGUCAGGAGGGUGUUUCCAAGCGUUAUGAAUGUGCUAAUUUUGGAGAGCAGGGCAUCACAGUAGGAUGCUGGGAUCUGUACCGGCAUGACAUCGACUGCCAGUGGAUCGACAUCACUGAUGUCAAACCAGGAAAUUACAUCAUGCAGGUUGUGAUAAAUCCUAAUUUCGAGGUGUCUGAGAGUGACUACACAAAUAAUGCCAUGAAAUGCAACUGCAAAUAUGAUGGCCACAGGAUCUGGUUUCACAACUGUCAUACCGGUGAUGCUUUCAGCGAGGAGGCAGAGAGGAAGUUUGAGAAAUACCCAGGACAGCUCAAUAAUGAGAUCUCCUAAUCCAUACACCAUACAUUCAUCUCAUACAUUAUACCUUUUAAUUUGGACUGGAUCAUAUACAGUAUAUUACCCAGGUUACAGAGUAAGGAUCUCUCUUACUUCUCAUGUUCACACUCACGGAACAGGCAAGGUCUGUCAGAGGGAAUGCUAAAGGAAAUCCCAGUAAUGACAUUCAUGGUGUUAGCACCAUUGACCUUGCCAUCCUGAGAGUCACAAGGGUUUGAAUCCUGAGCUUGUUAAGUAGUGUUUUAUCAAAAAAAAAAAAAAAAAAUCACAGUUAU